UCUGUGAAUAAAUCUGAGCAAUUCUGAUGUUAUAUUAUAUAUUUGGUUUAACUAUUCUAUGCUUCAGACCUGUUACUGGAGGUUUGUUUUCUCUCCUCUUUGGAUUGUGUGUCAAGACCUAUAGUAGAUUAAUCCCAUAACUGUCUCCUACAUUUUGUUCUGUGUCAUGCAGUCACAAGGUUUUAGCAGGCUAUCUACCAGGGUUAUAGAAAUCAGGUAGAUAAGUUAUCUACCAGGGUUGGAAACAGUGGAUGUUUAAAUGGAAAAAUAAUGUCUGUUGUAUUUUUCACAUAUCUGGGAGCUGUGUUCACUCCCCUGUUCCAAGUCAUUAUUGGACCUGGGUUUUGUGGGGGGUUUUUUUGUUAAUAUCACAAUUAUACCUAAAAAAUUUAUCUAAAAUAGCUACUCACCCCACUUUUGAACUAUGACAAUAUGAGACUGGUGAUGAAGGGAAGAAAACAAAGUAUAGUGUAGAAUAAAAGAGAGGCUUCUCUCUUCCAUGAGUUGAAGCAAUUGAAACAUAAAAGAUCAAAUUAUACUAUAAAGCUAAUAACUGAAAAUUGACUCAUGUGAGUGUACCAAGUGUACUAGUUAAUGAUUGAUGUGCUGUACUACGCACUGCCAACAGUGAAAUUAAAACAGUCAUCAUCUGCUCUUGCAGAUUAUCAAAUACAGGCCACUGAAGGCAAGCAUAUGAUAAACAUUAUUUGAGAUGCUGUAUAAUGUGGAUCUACUUCAAUUAAAUGUAAUCUUUAGCAAAAGUUUUGUGUAGCUCAUUGCUUCAGCAUUCCCUAAGCCCACAUUCCUCUAAGAUAUCAACCACAGGUGUUUCAUCAACAUCCUUUAAAAAUCUGGUGAUGCAGUACAAUGUAUAACUGAUAUAAAUACUAUACUAUACUAUACAAUAUUACCAAACACAUUGUAGUAGCACUUGACAAUGUUUGUGAAGCUGAGGUUCUAUGAUCAGCCUGGGAUGCAGGUCAGGGAAUUCUCCUGACUGCUGUCUCUAUGUCCUUUCCCAGUGUCCACUGUCUUUGGGAAUCUUUAGGAUUAAGUAAAGGUGUAAUAGAACAGCAAGUGAAAAUGUCUGAUCAGUACAAUGAGAGAGCAGUGAUGAUGUAUGGGAGGACAGAAGGUCUCCCUUCUCUACCCAUUUUUGUGGUGAGAAAAGGGUAGUGGUGGUUUAAAGUGAACAGUAGACUUGAAUGUGGUGGGAAUGGGAGUGGCACAACAGCACAUCUACGGAAUUCAUAGCUGAUUAAAUCAUCAUGGUAACAUCUGUUGCCUCUCCUGACGGUGCCCAUCACGAAGACCCAACUCAGCCACCUCUGCCUUCAGAUAAUGAACCAGGACAGGGCACUGAAGUCAUCACACAUCCCACAGACACCCCUAGGGAUGAGGUCCUUCACAGCACCACAGCCAGUAUGAACAAAGCUGGUGAUGACUCUCCUCUGACGGGUACCAGUAAGAAUAAUGGAUCAUACUCAUUUCUCAUGCCUGUCACAGAGUCCGUGGCUGAUGUUAACCAAGAGAAAGAACCCAAGGAGCCACUGGCACCUGGCACUCUACCUGGAAGUGAAAGUGCACGAGCAACCACCACAGAUGGUUCACAUAUCAGUUGGAUACCUGGAGUUUUUCCAGACAUCGAAGAUCAUCUUAACCAAUUGCAGACCCCUCUUCCUACUAUCACAGCCUCCACUGAUGUUCUGAAACCAGAAGAUAUAACCCAAGAAACGUGGGCACCUCGCAUCAUGGUAACAUCUGUUGCCUCUCCUGACGGUGCCCAUCACGAAGACCCAACUCAGCCACCUCUGCCUUCAGAUAAUGAACCAGGACAGGGCACUGAAGUCAUCACACAUCCCACAGACACCCCUAGGGAUGAGGUCCUUCACAGCACCACAGCCAGUAUGAACAAAGCUGGUGAUGACUCUCCUCUGACGGGUACCAGUAAGAAUAAUGGAUCAUACUCAUUUCUCAUGCCUGUCACAGAGUCCGUGGCUGAUGUUAACCAAGAGAAAGAACCCAAGGAGCCACUGGCACCUGGCACUCUACCUGGAAGUGAAAGUGCACGAGCAACCACCACAGAUGGUUCACAUAUCAGUUGGAUACCUGGAGUUUUUCCAGACAUCGAAGAUCAUCUUAACCAAUUGCAGACCCCUCUUCCUACUAGAUCUACCUCCACUAUACAUGGUAAUCAAGGACCACACAAGGGACAUUAUGAAUCCACUACUUCCUCUGGAGACACCACAACAACAAAAAUAGUUUCACAACCAAGGUCGGCCCAGGUACCAGAAUGGCUGAUUGUAGUUGCUGCUCUUGUGGCACUUGCAUUGAUUCUUGCAGUGUGCAUUGCUGUGAACAGUCGAAGAAGAUGUGGGCAGAAGAAAAAGCUAGUGAUUAACAAUGGCAAAGGGGCAGUGGAGGACAGGAAGACAAGUGGAUUAAAUGGAGAUGCCAGCAAAUCACAAGAAAUGGUGCACUUGGUUCAUAAAGAACAGUCAAAUGACCGAACAGGAGCAUGUGAUGAAUUCCUGACCAUUAAUGAAACACAGCAUCAUCAGGAGCUUGACAUGAAGAGUGGAGUAUAAUGGUACCAAGUUGCUAAGUAGAUCAGAGCUGGGAAAAUCAAAAUCACAUGGAACUUGGACAGGAUUUCACAGAUGCACUGUGCUACUGAUGUCUUUUGAACAUAAGUAAACAUGUUUUCUUCAUUUUUAAUCACUUUAAAAUGAUGUCUGAAUUACAAAAUUGACAUUUGCUUUCUGAAAUAAGCCCCCAAGAGCUGCAUAAGAUUUUAGGUUCCUAGUUCUUACACAGAGGAUGUUCCCUGUGUCCUGGGUGUUAGGAGGGAUCCAAGUUUAUGUCAUUGUUCCCCAGAUGGAGGGUCUUCACUCUGUGGAGCUACAGAAGUAUCCAGUCACUCCAUCUUACAGGCAUUUAAGGUACUAAACUUGCCAUGGUACAAGAGUAAGUGAGGAACAAAUGUCAAGAGCAAAAACCAAGUUUAAACCAAAAAGGCCUGCUAUACAAUGUCUAAAACAUCAGCAUCCUUCAGAAAUGCCUUCCAGCCAGGAAGAGCAGUAGGUACAUUCAGAGUCUGCCAGUAUAAACAAAAAGUGACAUUUUAUAAUGAUUUAUGGCUUGGUCUGCAAUGAGGGGAACCCAGAAGGACAAAACUUACUUCUCUCUAUCUUUAGAUGUCUAUGGGCAUACAAGAAGUCUUCUUGGGAGGGGGAAUAAAGACAUGAAAACAUGAGAUGAUACAUAAUAAAGUUCUAUACUUUAUUGUCCUAACAAUCUGUACAGUUAUCCUUGAGCUUCUGAGGUGUUCAUUGCUCUUCUCCCUCCCUCCUUCAUUUGUCACAUUUUGUACACAUUUUUAAUGAGUCAGUUAGGAUAAUGAAUAAAACAGAAUAAUCCCAGCUCUUUCACACGUGCACAACAAGCAAUUGGAGAUCAUGAGGGAAGAUGACAGUAUUUUAUUCCUGAAGAAUAAGUUUCUAUCUUCUUCUACUCCAUUUUACUUAGGAGAUGCUGAGCCUAGUAAAACUUGUUUCCCCUGUAACUAUUAUGUUACACCAGUUUGCUGAUAUAUUGAAAGUUGCCUUUCUAUGAUCUCACUCACUUCCUCUGAAUUCUUUCAUCCACAUUUUCCCUCUGCUUUUUAAAAAUACCAAAAGAAACAUUGCUUGCUUAUUGGUACCAGAAGUUCUAAUUCUACAGAAAAGAUCAAAGAAAAUUAAAGGAAACUCUCCCAGCCAUGUAAUAUAGUAAACUAGCUGCAGCUGCAUUGUUAUAUGCUUUUGUUUUGUCCUUAUGUGUCUGUUAUGUAAAAUAUUUGUAUUAAGCUAUGAUGCUGUGCAUUAUAUUGACAUGAAUUGUCAGAAAAAAAAUAUUUACUACCAGUGGUCUGUGCCAUUUUUAGAAAGAAUAUUGGAAUGGAGGGACAAUGAUAACUCCUAACUGGGCUGCCUCAAAAACAUGCAAGUAUAAAAAAAUCUAAGGUGAUUGCAAGCAGUGGUCUGUGUCAGUUGUGGGAUGGGGAAUGUCCUGUAGCAAGGUUAUUCAAGUGUUCCGGUUCCUGACCAUAGCACCUGUCUUUGAAACUGUUCUGCUAAAGCAUGUUAUGUUAUGCUCUCCAUCUGAAGCAAUUUGGAGGAUGAGUAUUCAGCUGGCUAAAUAUGAACAUUAGCUAGCACUGAUCUUUGCUGGAACAUAAAGCACAAUACUGUUGAUUGUAUUUCUCAGUCACAGCCCUUCAGCAUUUUCCCAUGUGUUUCAUCAAGUUGCUCAGUGCCCUGGUAUCUGCAGGCAGAUCUCCUUAGGGGCAAUUUACACCUGGGCAAAAGGUCCCAUGAUGGGGUGUGAUUUUACAGUACACAUAGGAUGUUUUCUGACUUUAUGUAGGUCAGUAUGUUUCAUCUAUGAACAGUAACACAGCUGUGAUCCAAAGGUGUUCAAACAAGCUUGAAGCUAAUAGGGUCAAGGUGAUUUACACUUAAUACUUGUGGUCCACUGUUAAACUUCUCAGUCCUUUCAUGUAUUUUAAUACUGAACUGUGUAGUUGGAAGCCUGUUGACUCUGUGCAUUGAUUUUUGUUUGUUUUCUGUAAUGUUUUAAAGCAAGCUUUUCUAUUUAUCAUUAUAAAUCAAAAUGAUCUGUUGAAGGCUGUGUUUAAACUGGUGUUAUGUACCCAUUUCACUAAGUAUGGAGAUCCAGAGUAAGAAUUAUUCCUCUCUUUAAAUCCUAAUUGAACAUAGUUCUCAAUCAAAAGGAGAUAUUUCAUUGUCUUGAAGGCUAAAUUUUUAUUUAAAAAAAGAAAAAAGCCUGUUAUUCAUCUCCCUAUUCAAAUGUUUAAUGGAGAAAUCCACAAACUCCUUCCUAAUUUAUGUAAUGUCAGUAGUUAUAAAUGCACAGACAACGUUGGUUGGCUUUUUAUAUUUUUAAAUAAGGAGAUGGUCAAGUUUUCUUUUCAGAGGCAAUGCCAUUAUUUUAUAUAUGCUGAUUCAUUUUAGAUUGUCAUGUGAUUUAUGUGUAAUUAAGUUUCAUUAUAGUUUCAAAACUAGAUGGCCAUUUCAUAUGUAUAAUAUAGUACAUAUUUUUAUUAAUCUUGGUUUUAUUAUUUGAGGGAUUGUUUGUUGUAUGUAUUUUUUAUAUGGAGCACUUGAUAUAUUUGCAUAUUUAUUUAACAGAUUAAUCAAAAUGAAAGACAGUAUCUUCUCUCAAUUGUAACUAGAAAUAGUAUUGCUAAACCCACAUUGAACUGCAAAAUAAGCUUCCAAAAAUAAACUUGAUUCCACAUUGAGGAUAAAAA